AUGGGUGUGUCGUGCAUUGUGUACAUGUUCCGUAAAAUAAAGCGGCAUGUAAAAUGCCAACUCUUUACAUUAAACAUAUCAAACGUACAGGCGUGCAUAGGCGGAAUUUUUGUAAUCGUCAUGGUGGUCAUUUGUUACCUAAACUUCGAACUCAUUCACAAUCAGUUUGGUGGAAAGCCUUCCUCUACUGAUAUCAACAAAUGGAGGCUCAAUCAUCUAUCGAAUGCUUGUAAGAAAAUGAACAAUGGAGGACACACUAACCUCCAGCCUGCGUUCUAUUUGCACAGCAAAAAUCACAGCUUAGUCUAUUGCCUAGUUUUCAAGGCUGGCACAAGCUCCUGGUUUUACAAUUUCAACUCAUGGGCAGGAUACACGGAGUACGAGAUAAUGCAUAUCGACAAUAUGUAUCUGGCGCGUAAAUUCUACCCCAAGGAAAACCGUCUCACAUUGAUGCAAUCGAUGGAACAUUCUUUCUCGUUUAUCAUCGUCCGGCAUCCGUUCGAACGGUUAAUGAGUGCAUUCGAAGAUAGACUGGCUAGUAUGAAAAAUGCCUACUAUUCACGCGUUGCACAGGCCAUCUACAAGCGUUACCAUCCCAUGGGACGGGGCACGGUUUCGUUUCGCGACUUUGUGCAGUACAUUCUCGAUGAAGUUGAGUACAAUAACAGCACGAUCGCGUUAGAUAUUCACUGGUGCCCUAUUAACAACCUGUGCACACCCUGCUUAGCAAAGUAUGAUUUUAUAAUUAAAUUAGAAACGUAUCAACAGGAUGUGGAAGCGAUGGUAAAAGCUGCCAAACUGCAGGGAAUAGUGAAGCUAGCGCAAAUAAAUCACGUUCGAAAGGAUUCAGUUCAAACGCUUGCAACGAAAUAUUUUUCACAGCUCACGCGAGACCAAAUGGACAAAUUGUACAGUAUUUAUGAGAUUGAUUUUGAGUUGUUUGGAUAUUCGGCUGACACAUACUUUCAAAUACCUAAAGCAUUAGUGUAA